AUGCAUAGGCCAGGCCAUAUACAAAGGAGAGAAGGUCUAUAUUCUCCUUCAUUCUGCCCUCAACUGGUUUUGAUUGGUCUAGAUCAUACAACUGCAAUAAUGAGGUCAAAUCGCUUGAAUCACAUUCUUUUAAAUGGAGAAGUAAAUUUUUUUUCAUAUAAUGAUAAACCGGUGGAUACAUACUCAGAAUGUGAUCCCGAGUACCCUUGUGAAGAAAAUGGAGAACAUGGCUCCGUCAGGAGCCCAAGUCAGAGUAAUGAGUCAAGUCCUCACGUGGAAAAUAGAGAACCUGGCUCCAGGAGGAGCACUUGUAGCAGCACUGAUGUAUUCGAAGAUGCCACUGAUUCAUAUAGUUUUGAGAAGACCAUGCCCAACCUCACUGUUGAAUCGCUUUUCAUUUCUCCAUAUUUAUACGAGUUUUUUGAGUCAUCCCUUCCUAAUAUAGUAAAAGGUUGUCAAUGGAUCUUGUUGUACAGGUACAUCAACUAA